UAAUUUGAUAAACCACACCCAUCUUCUCAAGGAGAAACAUAAACACUAGAGCUAGCUAGCUAAGUGAAACUUCUUUGUUAGUAGAGAAUUUAGCUAAUGGCUUCUUUAAAUAUUUCUAGAUUAACCAUGAUCAUGAGUAUCACUUUCUUUGUUCUCAUCAUAGUAGGGAGUGCCAAUGCACAACUUUCUACAAACUUUUACUCAAAAUCUUGUCCUAAACUAUCUGCCACCGUAAAAUCCUCAAUGCAAUCCGCUAUAUCAAAAGAGACUCGAAUUGGUGCUUCUGUCCUUCGUUUGUUCUUCCACGAUUGUUUUGUCAAUGGAUGUGAUGGGUCUAUUCUAUUGGAUGACACAUCAAGCUUUACCGGGGAGAAGAACGCAAUCCCUAAUAAAAACUCUGCUCGUGGAUUCGAAGUUAUUGACAAUAUAAAGUCAGCCGUAGAGACUGCAUGUCCCGGAGUUGUAUCUUGUGCUGAUAUCCUUGCCAUUGCUGCUGCAGACUCCGUCGCAAUUCUUGGAGGCCCAACAUGGAAUGUAAAACUUGGAAGAAGAGAUUCUAAAACAGCUAGUCAAUCAGCUGCUAACGCAGGAAUCCCAGCACCCACUUCCAACCUCAACCAACUAACAUCAAGGUUCAGCGCUCUUGGCCUUUCCACCAAAGACUUAGUCGCAUUGUCAGGCGCGCACACAAUCGGACAAGCAAGGUGCACAAGCUUUAGGGCAAGAAUCUACAACGAGACCAACAUAGAUACUUCAUUUGCUAGCACGAGGCAAUCGAACUGUCCAAAGACAUCAGGGUCCGGAGACAACAAUUUGGCACCCUUAGAUCUUCAAACUCCAACUUCUUUCGAUAACAACUACUUCAAGAACCUUGUUCAGAAGAAAGGUCUUCUUCAUUCUGAUCAACAACUUUUCAAUGGUGGAUCCACCAACUCCAUAGUGAGUGGAUAUAGCACUAAUCCAAGGUCUUUUUCCUCUGAUUUUGUCGCUGGUAUGAUCAAAAUGGGAGAUAUAAGUCCUCUCACUGGAUCAAAUGGGGAGAUCAGGAAGAACUGUAGAAAAGCCAACUAAUUAUGUUGUCUUGAUUUUAAGGGUCAUAGCUAUAUAGGCAUACAAAAUUGUGUUUCAAAUAUAUGUAUGUGAGUGUGAGCAAUAAGUUGUUAAACACUAUGUCAAACGAAAAACUUUGUUGAACAUGUUUUGAUUAUUUGUGUUUCUGACGAUUGUAUAUCGUCUCAUCUAAUUUCAGGUUGUUUUUGUUUCUCCUUUUAUAUAGAAAAAGCAUUUAUGGUUAGUCUCAUGAA